GUGCGCUGUCUCUUUAAUUCCAGGCCAUGGUAUGAUGGUGUCGAUCGCCGAUGAGUCGCUCUGUGGGUUGAUGUAUCGGUGCUCCAUGUUGGGGGCCUGUCUGUCCAUGGCGAUGGAGGCUCUCGAUCUGUUCCGGGCGCUGGGCUCGGGGGCCCGCUUUGAUUGGAAACGCUUCGGGAAGGACGCUGAGAGGCUGCGGGUAAUGAAUUCAAGCAGCACCAUCUUGAGUGAAAAUGUUCCUGACCUUGACUUUUUUAACAGUCAGCGUGCUAAAAACUGCAAAUCAGUGGUCAGUGUGUUGAAAAGCAAUGGGGAGGAAAAAGAGUCUACAGCAGACUGCAAGGGCGACAUGUGUGUAUCCCUAGGAAAAAGAAAAUUAGACAUGGGUAGUUCAGAAAAGAAGAAAAGGAACAAAGUGACCAAUGCAAUGUCUGACAUUUUUUCCAAUACCAAAGAUGAUGGUGGUGAUGAUGAUGAUGGAAUAAUGUUGAUGUCCUCACUGGGAAGGAAGACCAAGAGUAGUAUUGACAGGACAGACACCGAACGCAGUGCUGAGAAACUGGAACAUCAACGACGAGAAAAGAUAAAUCAACUCCGGCGUAAGCAUCGGAUUCAUGUGGAUGGAACAGAUAUUCCUGAACCAGUUGCAACCUUUGAACAGCUCUUACAGGAGUAUAACGUGCACACAAAAAUUAUUCAGAACAUACAGGAAGCUGGUUUCCAAUCACCCACCCCCAUACAGAUGCAAGCCAUUCCUGUAAUGCUACAUAAUCGUGAAAUCCUGGCCUGUGCCCCAACUGGAUCGGGAAAGACCUUGGCCUUUUGCAUUCCACUUUUGACUUGUCUAAAACAACCAAUGAACAAGGGUUUCAGGGCCCUGAUACUGUCUCCUACUCGCGAGCUUGCCAGCCAGACUCAUCGGGAGCUAGUAAAGCUCUCCGAAGGUAUAGGAUUCAGAAUUCACAUGAUCAACAAAGCAGCUGAGGCUGCCAAAAAGUUUGGUCCCAAGACGUCAAAUAAAUUUGAUGUUUUGGUGACUACUCCAAACAGACUGAUUUAUUUGUUAAAUCAGGAUCCUCCCGCUCUGGACCUCAGCAGGGUGGAGUGGCUGAUUGUUGAUGAAUCUGAUAAGUUGUUUGAAGAUGGCAAAUCUGGAUUCCGAGAUCAGCUCGCCACUAUCUUCUUGGCAUGUACAUCUCACAGUGUCCGGCGAGCCAUGUUUAGUGCCACCUUUGCAUUUGAUGUUGAGCAGUGGUGCAAACUGAACUUGGACAACGUGAUAUCUGUGUCGAUUGGUACAAGGAAUUCUGCCGUGGAGACAGUGGAACAAGAGUUACUUUUUGUGGGUACUGAAACUGGAAAACUAGUAGCGAUGAGAGAUCUGGUUAAAAAGGGAUUUUCACCUCCAGUGCUAGUUUUCGUUCAGUCUAUUGAAAGAGUGUGCUUGUUAUAUGUAGGACGGACUGGAAGAGCUGGUCAUCGAGGAAAGUCUAUUACAUUUUUCACAGAAGAUGAUAAGCCACUUUUACGGAGUAUAGCAAACGUUAUCAAACAAGCUGGCUGCCCUGUACCAGACUAUAUGAUGCAAAUAAACAAACUGCAAAGUAAACAAAAGAAAAGGUUGAUCAAAAAUCCAAUCAAACGAGCAGAUAUCAAGACCACACCAAAGUACUUCAUUGAAAAGGCUUCCAGGACGAAAAAAAUGAUACAGAAGAGCAAGAAAAAAGAAAAAUCCCAUGCAAGUGUGCCAGCUGCCAAGGCUGAACAGGUUACCACUGAAAGCUAAUGAAGCGCUGCUGGAAAUGUUCAAGAUUGUCUUCUGCAGUUGAGAUGCAGAGCAUCUGAUAGCCACUUGUACAUCAGGGACUGAUGCUGAACAUUACUAUUGUUUACACUUGCAUUUUUUAAAAUGCUUAUCUGAAUUUUUUUUUUAAUUUAAGUCUUUAGAAGCAGUGUUUUUGGUGUGAUACUUCAGCUGUGAUCAUUUUUAUAUUGUAUGUUUAUGCCUUUAGAAAUAUUCCGUACCUAUGUACAGUUGUAUCUUUUGAGAGUGUGAUCUUCACAUACACAGAGUAUGGUCAUUUCUACCUGAAACAGCAUGUUGGCAUUUGGAUACUUCAAAUUGUCUUUCAGAAGGACUGUUUUUGUAUGGAAGUUAUGCUUCAAGCAGAUAUAGUUACAGUUAUGACAGUGGGAAUAAAUAUCACCAACAUAAUUUAAGGUAAAUUCAUUUGGGAAAUGAUUUUUUUUAAAAACUGAAAAUUAAGAUCUGUAUAACUAAGUCUAGUGUUAAUGUAAGCAGUGAAAUUUUGUCAAAACUGACCAUUACCUUUAUCUCAUUGUCUGAGAUGCAGUAUUUUCUAAAAUUAAAACAAGUUUCAUUUGA